UGCUUUUCGACAUCGUGACGUCAUCAGACUGCGCCGUUGUUUCGAUAGUGGUGAGCUGGCUUUGAAACGCAGGUGGAAUCUGUUUUCUUAUUUAACUAACCCGUCGCUGUCCCAUAAUCCUCUGCACCAUGACCAAGCUUCUGGAGUGGGUAUUUGGUGUGUCGCUGAUAGGCAUUGCAUGGGGACUUGUUACUUUUGACCUCCUUAAUUUGCAGCUGCCCCCACAGUAUAAAGAAGCGGCCUGGCCGAUGCCCGUGUAUCUGCUCGUUGUGUUCGGGUGUUACUCGUUGGCGACUGUGGGUUACCGCGUUGCCAUGUUCAAUGACUGCGAGGACGCAGCCAAAGAGCUGCAGGCACAGAUCAAAGAAGCCAAAGAGGACUUGAGAAAGAAAGGACUGAAGAUGUGAAAUUUGUGAAGUUUUUUUUUAGACCACAUGCACUGUUUGAGCUACGACUGAGACAUUCACCUUAAUUUACAAAUGCAAACAUAACCAUGUUUAUCUGAUUGGUUUGUGUCCCUUUUUACACCUUUGAAUGUUUUAUUCUUUAGACCUUGGUCUGUAAUGCACCCCAUGUGUGAAUAAGUUUCUCAAAGCUGUCCACCUUGAUUCAGGUUGUUUUUUAUGUCGAUGUGAUGUAAAUGAUGGUUAAAAGUGUACAUUUCAAGCCCUGAAAUCUGCUCCACACCUGUGAGUGAUCUAUUUCCAGCAUCAAGACAGUGAAAGCCAGACACAUGUAUGUACUGUCAAUAGAGAGCACUGCUAUUUCUGUACAGCUACCACCAUGUGUGUAUUUGGAUUGGCUGGGGAAUGAAUGUGUAUUUUUUGUUGACCCAGUUUUUUUUUAAGCAAGUCAAAAUUCUGAGUCAGACUUGGAAACAGAGCCACAAUGUAAAGUUGCACUUAAAGAGACACACAUCAGUGUCCAUGAUAACGUUGCAAAUAUAUCUGAACAUACCUUUUUAUAUUAGAAAUAACAACCGCUUUGUGUUUUUAAGUAGUGUAAUAGUCAAAUUUAUUUUGUCAACACAUUCCACGCAAUGUAAUUGAUAGCAUUUGUGUACAGAAUGCGACUGUUAUUGCAUUUACCCGUGUUUUGCAUUAGGUCAAUAAUUGGGAUUUUGUCCUUAUACUGGAUGAAUGGAAAACUACAGUCAGUUUUGCCAUUUCUUGAAUAAAAAAUUGAAUCCUG